AUGUUCAAAAAUAAAAUUAAUAAAACCCUAAAAGAUUUUUCUGUACUUAAAGUAAAUACAACAUUUUGUGGAGAAUUUAUAAAAAAGUCUGGAGAUAAUGAAAUUUUGGAUCUUAAAUAUUUUAAUACGAAAAAUGCUAUUAUAGACACAACAACUGAUAAACGAUGUUGGUUUGCAGAAAAUGUAUAUGAUAAAAUUUUAAAUAAAUUGUCUGAAUUCCAAGAAAAGGAUUCAGGAUAUGCAUUAAACAAAGUUAUUUCAUUAGAAGUUAAUAUUAAUAAAUUUGAAAUGGGUAAUGGUUCAUCUUUCAUUAAACUACCUGAACAAAUUUUAAAAAAACAGGCUUGCAUUAAUAUUAGAAAUUCUGACCACGCCUGUUUUUAUUGGGCUAUUGUUAGUGCUCUUUAUCCUGCUCAUACUAAUUUAAAUUCAACUUAUUCAUAUCCACAUUAUAGUUCUGUACUACAUGCAGAAAACUUGAACGCACCUAUGACAUUACAUCAAAUUUCCAAAUUUGAAAAAAAUAAUGAUAUUUCUGUUAAUGUUUAUGCACUAGAAUUAAAUGUAAUUAAAGAAAAAUCAUUUUACACGGUAGUACCUGCUCGGUUAACGAAACUUAAGCAUGAAAAACAUGUAAAUUUAUUGUUAAUUCAGAAUAAAUAUUUUCCCAAAUUAAAUGAUUAUGAGGCUCCACCUAUGGAUGAUGAUGCUGAUAAUACUGAAAUAACAUAUCAUUACUGCUGGAUUAAAGACUUGUCACGAUUAGUUAGUAAACAAUUAAGUAAAAAUACAAACAAAAAAUUUAUUUGUGAUAGAUGUUUAAAUUAUUAUUCAAGUGAAAAAAGGUUAACCGAGCAUGAAAAAUUAUGUUCUGAUUUAAAUAAUUAUAAAAUGAGUGCUCCUAAAUUAAGUCAUGUUGAGUUUCGUAAUUUUACAUAUAAACAAACAACUCCUUUUGUUAUAUAUGCUGAUUUUGAAUGUCAAUUAAAAAAUUUUGUUGAAUCUGGUAAUAAAAGUAAAACAGUAAAAUAUCAAAAACAUAUACCAUAUAGUGCAGGUUUUUAUGUGAAAUGUUCGUACGAUGAUAAUCUUUCUUUUUUCAAAAGCUACCGUGGUACUGAUUGUAUGGAUUGGUUUAGAUUAAAAGAUACAUCUUUACCAUCAAUAAAACAUUUUUAUAAUAAAUUAAAUGAUGAAAUUAUUAGUGAUGAAAAGUAUGCUCAUGCACAAAAAGUUUGGUCAACUUUUGAAAUUCAAAAUUUAGGGGACUACUCAGACUUAUAUUUGAAAACAGAUGUUCUACUAUUAGCAGAUAUUUUCGAACAAUUUAGAAAAAAAUGUCAUCAUACGUAUGGGCUUGAUCCAGCAUGGUAUUAUACCAUGCCUGGAUAUACCUGGGACUGUAUGCUUAAAUACACGAAAUGUAAGUUACAACUUUUAAAAGAUAUGGACAUGAUAAUGUUUAUAGAAAAAGCGAUUCGAGAUGGAAUAUCUGUUUGCAGCAACCGAUUUUCGGAAGCAAACAAUAAAUAUAAGACUAAUUAUGAUCCAUCAUUAUCCUCCAAGUACUUAAUGUACUUAGAUGUUAAUAACUUGUAUGGGUGGGCUAUGUGUGAACCCCUACCAUACGAUGGAUUCAGAUGGGUAGAUGAUAUUACUAAUUUUGAUCCUAUGACUAUACCAGAUGAUUCUGAAGAUGGAUACAUUCUUCAAGUUGAUUUGGAAUAUCCACGUAAAUUACAUGAUUUACAUAAAGAUUUUCCAUUUGCUGCUGAACAUCGUAAACCACCAGGAUCAAAGUUAAAUAAACUGAUGACUACACUUCAUGAUAAAUCAGGAUAUACAAUACAUUAUCGUAAUUUAAAGCAAGCUUUAGCUAACGGUUUAGUGUUAAAAAAAAUACAUAAAAUUUUAACAUUCAAGCAAUCAACUUGGUUAAAACCUUAUAUUGAGUUAAAUACUCAACUAAGAGCUGCAGCUACAAAUGAUUUUGAAAAAAAUCUUUAUAAACUAGCUAAUAAUGCGGUGUUUGGUAAAACAAUGGAAAAUAUUCGAAAACAUCGCGUAGUUAAACUCGUUAAUUCCUGGAAUGGACGUUAUGGAGCUAAAAACUUAAUAUCAAGUUUUAGAUUCCAUAGUCGAACAAUUUUUGAUGAUGAUUUAGUAGCUAUUGAAUUAAAAAAAACCCAAAUUAUUUUUAAUAAACCUCUGUAUGUGGGAAUGGCAAUUUUAGAUCUCUCAAAAUUAUGUAUGUAUGAUUUUCAUUACAAACAUAUGUUACCAAAAUUAGGUGUUGAAAAAUGUAAAUUAAUGUACAUGGAUACAGAUAGUUUUAUUUAUGAAUUACAAUGUGAUGAUGCCUGUUUCGCUGAAGUAUUAUUCAUCAUAAAGUAUAAAGAUGAUUGCGUUAAUAAUUUACAUGAGGAUAAGGAAAUCUCCAAACGACGAAGGUUUACUGAUGUUAAUGAUACUGAUGAUGAUAUUGAUAUUUCUGAAGACGAUUUUGAAAAAUUUUAG